GCGGAGGUUGCUAGCCAUGCGUAAUCGUAAAUUAAGGCCCGGUUAAAAUUGAGAACACACACACAAAAAAUACAGUUCAACUUUAUUUGGGGACGGACGGUGAUUUGUGACAUAAUCCUAUCGUAUCGUUAAAAGAAGAGAUUUUAGUGCAUGGAUAGAUUGUGACUAUAUUAAUGUGGACGUCAAAGCAGCAAUUAGUGACAACCAGAUGAACCACAUCUACUCGUUUACAUGACUCAAGAUGAAAUAAAUAACCGUGUAUACGAAAAUAACAGCAUAAGUAAUUUUCAACUUGAAAAGGAUAAGUUUAGCACACCGAACAUUAGCCUGAAAUAAAUACGGCUGACCUUCUUACAUAUGUUUUCAUCAACCUUUUCGAGUGGGGUAAUUUUGUUCAGCCUCCUCCACUUACGCAGUUAUGAAAACGUAGUUUCAUUUGACGCAUUUGCGAUAGUUUUCACUGACUGUGGAACAGAAUAAGAAAAUGCGAGAAACGAGUUCAAUUUGCAAGUACCGAUAAAUAUGUGUAAUAUGUGUAAUGCAUGAUAGUGACAAUCUUAUAGUUACAAGUGACAGUACAGUAGAAAGAAUGGAUGUAAACGACUUGCAAACAUCAAAGGAAGGUAUGCAAAGGUUUAUUCCUGAAGAAAUGAGUAACGGACUUUCUUCUCCGCCACCAGCAAGCAAAUGUUACCUCGUGCCGUCUUCAGUCAUUGCACAAUGCACAAUGCCCCCAGGGAAGGUUGCCAUUCCCAUGUAUUUGAUAGUGGAUCAACCUACUCCUCAGACUUGCAACCAAACGCGCCAUCUGCUAUUGGACCAGCCUCCUUCACAGUUAUGCAAUCAACCAAGCCAUCUGAUAUUGGAUCAAUAUCCUCCGCAGACAUGCCAUCAAACAAGCCAUAUGAUUUUGAACCAGCUUCCUACUCAGACGACCACAUCCAAGUGCUCUCCUACACGUGACGAUAUGUCUUCUUGUGGCCAUUCUCCUCCUAGUUCCAACAGUAAUACACCAAUAAAUGUUGUUUCUGAACUGAAUGGAGCAAAGAAGAAAACGAAAACAAAAACGCUCGAUUUCCCACGGUGCCAGAUAUGCGACGGUGAGUCUUCAGGUGUCCACUUCGGCUGUUAUACAUGUGAGGCAUGUAAGAAUUUUUUCAUGCGAUGUAUGAAGAAGAAAAGUGAAUUAAGUCUUGCGUCAAAGAAAAUAAGCACGCCUCAUGUUUGUCUGACUAAUAGAAACUGUAAAAUAUCGUAUAAGCAAUCAAAAACAAAUUGCACGGCCUGUCGAUUUCAAAAAUGCAUAGACCUGGGAAUGUCAUCCGAAAAAGUUCAAAAAGGGAGAAAAUCGCUUACGCAAAGAACAGAGACAAUUAAAAAAGUAAAAUUUAUGGAACGUCAGAAAGAAAGUGAGUUUCAAGAUACAAUUCCACCAGAUAUUGCUAUGUGUGAAUCAAAUGAAGCCCAAUUAGGAAUGGCAACACAUCCUUCAAACCACCUUGAAAUAUAUGGGCCAAGACUCCGAGAUGGCGUUUCUGAUGUGCUUGAAUCAAGUGGAAUACAUCGUGUAACAAGGUCUCUUGUUGAAGAGAUUGUUAUAAAGCUGGACAAAAUUCUCAUCUGGGAAGAGGAUCUGGCAACUGAAGAGCUCCGCGAAUCUAGAAUGAAAGAACAUUAUGACACAUAUUCUGCAAGAGCACUUGCGUUCGGUAAAAUGAGUAAUGUAAGUCAGGAGGAAUAUCACCACCUCCUAAAAAAUUAUGGCAUUGACAUUGAUAACCAAUGGGAAAUGCUGAAGCAAGGUCACGAUAAAAUCAUGGAGCCCUUCUUAGAUAGCUACUGUGAUUACGCAAAACAGCUACCUAAUUUUUCAAAACUCAGUCUGAACGAUCAAAUUUCUCUGCUUAAACAUGCACAUAAUGACUUUGGUAUAGUCAUAAUGCACCCUUUCUAUAAUUCAGAAUAUGAAGUUUUUCUCGAUCUAACUGGCUACGUCUUCCACACUGACGAGAUCUCUAACAAAUUCUCGACUCGAGAGAAUGUUAAUGCGCAUACCGAGCUCUUUAAACAACUACAAAGUCUCAAACUAACAAAGGAGGAAACUGCACUUCUAGCAGCCAUCUCGCUCAUGUCUGCCGAUCGCUGUGAACUGGAAAAUCCAAGUCUAGUAGAAGAUUCCCAGUUGGAGCUUACUACGUUAUUACGGGCAGAGAUAAGAAAAAGAUACGACGAGAAAGAAGGGUUGAAACGUUUCUCGAAGAUGAUCGGCAUUUUGACAAACAUUCGACCAGCUACUCAACAAAUGUUCAAAGAAUACAAGAAACUGUGUGACGAUGAGUUUAUUCGGAGAGGAAUUCGUGAUAUUGACAUUCUCAUGCCUAAUAUAGACACAUAGAAUAACGAUGAAAUAGUACAUGUGUUCAGUUCUGUUACGCUGUUACACAAUAACAAUAUUUAUUCCAUUCUUCUGGAAGUAACAUUAAGUACACUCGAAAGUAAUGCCUAUUUUUAAAAAGUUCCUUUUUUCUUUUCCGGUUUCAGAGCAAUUAAGCAAUCGCAAAAAUGCCUUGUGUGGUUAUUUUCUUUUUAAUGCACAUAUCUGCAACACGUUGGUGUAUUUCAUUUGGAACUUUUGUAAAGAUUACCGUUUGAGGUUCGUUUAAUGCUAUACUGGGCUUUUUCGUAACGUUAAUUCCGUAACCCAGUUGUAAUAGGGUGUUUGCGUUUUAUUAUCAUUAAAUGGAUACUAAGCUUGCAUGAUAAGAAAUAACUGAAAGGCAUGAACAAUUCUUUAAAGUUAGUCUGUUUAUAAAGAGAAACGGCUUAAGUGCAUUCUUACUAUAAAAGGAACCUGUUCACGGUUUGGUAAAUUGACAAAAAAUAAAUAAAACUGUUUCGUUAUGUUAUGUUAUUUUCGAGGGAAUAAUAAUACUGAAUAUUUCCCAUGCUCAAAAAUAUCAAUUUUAUGUGCAUUUUGACGAUUUCAAAACCCUGAAAACUAUCAAGCGUUACAAACGCCAAACGACUGACUAAUUUGGAGAGUUCUGUUGUUAUCGUUUUAUUUAGUGACACUACCUGGAUUGCUUAUAAAAUUGUAAAAUACAACUUGAAUUAUAACAGCACGGAUGGCCGAGUGGUUUCAGCGCUGGACUUAUACUCCAAGGUCGGAUGUUUCGAGUCCAUCUGUGGAUAACUUUUUAGUCUGCUUUAUUCUUGUUUUAUACAAGAGUUUUUACAUGUAUAAAUUUUAAGCAUUUAAUGACAAUUUUCAUAAAAAUGUCAAAAUCUGCGAACAAGUCCCUUUAAGAAAAAACUAUGUACCGGCUAUCCAUAGUCCACUUUAACAUUAAUUCAUUCGAUGUUUUACCUUUAGCGGAAAUACAUGUGAUUGAUAA